CAGAAAACAGACACCAGCAUACAGAAGUCAUUCAGGUUGUGGUCGUGCAGCUUUCAAAGGUCUCUGAAGAAUGGAGGAAUGGUACAGCAACAACACAUUACAGAACUACAGUCAUGACUAUGAUUAUGAUUAUAGUGAUUAUGAUGAAAGUUUUCUAAUUGAGACAUCUUUGCUCAAAAAUGAGGACUAUAUUGCCUGUUGGAUGGCCAUCGUCAUCUGUCCUCCUUUGAUCAUACUGGCCAUCUACUAUCUGUUUUCUCUGGUACGUGAUAAUCACGUUGCUCCAAUCUACCUCAUCAACCUCCUCAUCUCUGACUUUAUUCAGCUCUGUUGCAUGGCGAUAUGGUUGGGAAAACCCAUGGGUCUUCUGGAAUUCAUCACCUUCUUAAUUCACCUCCUUGGUCUAAUGGCCAGUGUCGGCUUCAUGGUCUGUAUUUCCCUGCAAAGAUAUUUGCUCAUUGCCUGGCCUCUGUGGUACUCCUUUAGACGGACCAUCAAGAGCUCAUUGGUGGUCUGUGUUGUGAUCUGGGUCUUAGCUUUGGUCAUUUCCUGUUUAGUCGCCAUCAUGGACAUGGAACACAAUGGACGACACAAGCCCAUUGGAGUAAUCCUUCUCCUCCCCUUCCCUGUGCUCAUCUUCUCUGUGGUUGGGAUCUUUAAAGGCCUGUCUGCUGCCAUCUCGAUCUCCUCUGAGGAAAAACGACGAAUUGUUGGAGCAACAAUUCUGGUGUUGCUUAAUUACACACUGCUGUUCCUGCCUUACAUAAUUGGUAGCAUAACACCAUAUCGUACUAUGCCUAGCCCUUUGGCAUUCAUCUUCUUCAAUCCUCUUGGAGACUUGGUUCUGUAUGUUUUCAUGAGAAAAGGGGCCAUAGACAAGAUUUUAGCCUAUGUGUGUUGUUGCAGGAUGGAAACACAGCAGCAGCAGAUCAUUGCUGUAAAUGAUAAUAGCACGACAGUCACCUCUGUGUAGGGAGAGAAAGUUAUCAGAGUAAAGGAAGGAAGAAAUUCAGACAGUCAAUUUAAAAAAAAAAAGUUUCCUAGAAGCUCUGCCUCUAAAAAGUUAAGCUCAUAUACUCCUCAUUUGCAACAGCAAAUGUUGUUUUUUAUUGUUAUAUGUAGGCAUGUUGUUUACAUGAUAAUUCCAGUUUAUUUCAUCAUGGCAUAUUUCCCAUAAAUGUGGUUUUAUGAGUCACGCUCGCUUUGCAGCCUUAUUAUAGAGAUUCAGGGAAACAAGAACUCAAUCAAAGUUGUCCAAAUAGACAAGAUGUUUACACUGUUCAUUUCAAUUGCUUGUUUUGAAGUCUAAAUGAAAGAAAACAAAGAGACUAGUUGCAUGUAGCAGCCAUUACGGUUCAUUUGUUAGGGAUCUACAUCCAGGACAGAUUGCAGUUUCUUUACAUGUGUGAGGCUGUGGCUGCCUUUACAUUUAUUCAAGCUCAUGCUAGAAAGGUAAACAAGAGAUGUUGUAUAAAGAUGCUUUUUAUUCUUAAUUGUGAUAUUUCUAUUGCUGUUUUCAUUUUGGUUUUUUACUUAGUCAUGUACUUUUUAUGUUUUAUUGAUUUAUACUGAUUUUAUAUUCAUAUCUGUAAUAGUUGCUUUAAUGGACACCUUGUCUUUUUCCCCCAUGACUUUCAUUACUUUAUUGUAUGUUAUGUGUGUACAGCACAUGUAUCAUCUGUUUUUGAAAAGCACCAUUUAAAUAGUUAAAAUGAUGAUAUACUAUUCAAAUGCAUGCCUGCCUAGCUUUUUUCUCUCCUCCUCAGAUAAGAUGUAGAUCAUCACAAAGCUACUGGGUGUCAUCACUCAGCAUAUAUAUUGUAGUCUGUUUGCAUGCUGAGAACACAACAUCACACUUGCUGCAGCUUUCAAAGGUAAAAUUUAUGUCACAUUGCUUUUUUUUUUUUUUUUUUUUUUUUUAAAUGUGCCUAGUUAUUGUUAACAUUGCUCUGUGGAUAGAUGUAAUUAUAUAAUGUAUUAUGACAUUUAUAACCACUGAUGGGAAGUAACGCGUUAGAAGUAACACGUUACUGUAAUCCGAUUACUUUUUUCAAGUAACGAGUAAAGUAAGGGAUUACAAUUGCAAAAAGUAAUUAGAUUACUGUUACUUUCCCGCAAGCAGGCUUCGUUGCUGCGUUACUAAACCGUGAUUUUGUUUGUGAGACUGUCUCAUGACAAUCACGUAUGAGCGGUGAGACGUCAGUGGUAAACAACAGACACGUGUGUAGAUCAACAAGAGAUAACAUGGAGUGCGGGAGAGAGCAGGACCAUGCAGCGUUUAAUGCUUGGAAAGGAAGUACCGACAUUACUUUGAGUUUGACUCUGUAAGAAGUGACAUUAGAGUCCUCUGUGCACUCUGCGUGGGAAGAAAACGUUUAUCUACAGCAAAAAAUUCCACCUCAAAUCUGAGCAAGCACCUAGCAAGCAGGUGUCAUGCCAAAAAGUGAUCGUCUGCCAGAAUCUGAUUUGUGGCCGCGGGAGCGCGCACAGCAGGCCGUUGAGCGGUAGCGCGCACAGCAGGCCGUUGAGCGGUAGCGCUAUAAAACGUCUAAUUUUCUUUUGAUUAAACGGUCAUAAUAUGCAUAUGCAAACAAUUAUCUCACAUUAUCACAACUGUGGCCAAAAGAAGUGUAGUUUGUAGCGAAAUAAGGCAUGGCAAUUACGUGAUAGACAUGUCUCUACAGUAUGUUUGAUUUAUGGGUGUGUUUUCAAUAAAGAAAUGAUCACUUUUGCAAUGA